AUGUUUGAUCUGUAUGUGCUGGUGAUGUUGCAGCCCGGGCUCAUACACGGCGGAUUCGCGAUCCGUGCCUACACUCAAGAUGGGGGUACAUUGAGCGCCGUGUGUGAGAUCGAAUUACUGCUCAACUCACCAUUGCUGCCAUGCUUGAAACGAAUCAUCGUCAACCGAACAAUACUUCCGGACUUUCUACGCGACGGCUCGGAUGAUCGCUUCACGUUGCCGAAGCCGCGUCUCGAGUGGAGCUUCUCGAAAGCCAGUUGCCUUGAACAGUCGUCGAUUAUACGUCACUUGCCUCCGUUGGCAAGAGCUUCAACAUUAGAGCCGUUCUUCAUCAUCGUCGCUGGCGUCUUGCUAGGUCUCAUCCCUGUCGGCGCUGCUGCCAUCUCAGCCAUUGUCGCGGACAAUGUCAGCUGCAACGUUACCGACGUCAACACGACGGCCGAAAUCACCUUCUUAGCCGGUAACACCACCAGAGCCGCCGCCGACCCCGACGCCUUCUGCUCAGAAUUACCGUCCAGAAAUCGCCCCAAGCCCUGA